GUUCUCUCGCUUGCAGAAGGUUGUGCUGAGAGACGUUCCUUGUCAUGGCAUCCAACAGCAUCUUUGACUCCUUCUCCAACUACAGCAGCAGUCUGCUCAGAGAGCCGCCCACCACCAGACGGUUCACGCCGCCCUCCACGUCCUUCCCCUGUAGUAAGCUCGUAGACGGUAACGGGGCCAUGGCCGCCCCGGGGCCCCUCAGGGCGAGACCCGACACCAGGAACGUGGUGGACGUCCUGGCGGACCACGCCGGCGAGUUGGUGCGGACCGACAGCCCGAACUUCCUCUGCUCGGUCCUCCCGUCGCACUGGAGGUGCAACAAGACACUCCCCGUGGCUUUUAAGGUGGUGGCCCUCGGUGAUGUUCCUGACGGGACCCUGGUCACCGUCAUGGCCGGUAACGACGAGAACUACUCGGCCGAGCUGCGGAACGCCUCCGCGGUAAUGAAGAACCAAGUUGCCCGCUUCAACGACCUGCGCUUCGUCGGAAGGAGCGGACGAGGAAAAAGCUUCACUUUGACCAUUACUGUUUUCACCGGACCGCCCCAAGUGGCCACUUACCACCGUGCCAUCAAGGUCACUGUGGACGGGCCGCGUGAACCACGCAGGCACAGAGUGAAGAUGGAGGAUUCCCAGAAGCAAUUUUCGGAAAGGCUGUCAGAGAUCGAACGCUACCAGCGGACCAUGAGGAUAGGUCCAGUCAACAAUAAUCCUCGGCCCCUUCCUCAAAGCCACCUCAGCACCACACCAGCAGCACUGUGGCAGGAUCAGAUGGACACCACAACUUUGAAGACGUGCAAGGUGGAGGAGGACCUGAGACCAUGGCCAGGAACGACGGAUCUCUUCCAGCAGAGGACCACCUUCCCGUCUCCGCUGACCGAUCCGCGCUUCUCCGACCCUCGCAUCCAUUACCCUGGGGCCUUCCCUUACUCCACCAACACUUCCAGCACCGGCAUCAGCGGCCUCAGCAUGUCGGCUCCAUCGAGAUACCACACCUACCUGCCGCCGCCCUACUCAAACAACCAGACCCAGAACUUCCAGUCCAACUCCUACCUGUAUUACGGCACAGGAUCCGGGUCCUACCAGUUCUCCAUGGUGGCGCCGGGGAACACCGGGGGCGAGCGCUCGCCCACCCGCCUCCUCUCCUGCUCGGGUGCCGGGGGCACUGGCGGCACCAACAGCCUGAUGAACCCGGGCCUGAACGCCCAGAGCGAGGGCGUGGAGGCCGACGGCAGCCACAGCAAUUCCCCCACGGCCAUGAGCGCCUCGGGGCGCCUGGAUGAGUCCGUCUGGAGGCCUUACUGACUGGCCCGGUGAAGGAAGCGUGGGAAAGUGAAGAGAACGAUGAACAAAAAUACCGAACACUGAAAGAAAAGAAAGAAAAAAAUGAUGCAUGUUUGUCUUUUAUUUCUGUAGCCUAUUAAGACUUUGUGCGUUUUAACGCUGACAAAAACGUCCAUGUAUUUUGUAAACUCUGCACUGUGCUCAGACUUGUACCCUUGAAGCCUAUACAAAAGCCAUAGGAGCUGAGGAAAGCCAUACAGUUCACUUCAGCCUGAGUCAGCCCUUCAUGAGGGCGGAGGAGAGCAACCAGACUCAACGUUUGCCCCACCAGUGACUCAGACAUCCCUCCAAGGCUUUGGCUGCACUGCUGAAACCAUCAGUCCUCCGAAGCUUUCAUUUGAAAUUAUGCAAACUUCAGAUAUUGAAAAAAAAACAUUUUCCAGUUGCAUCCUGAGCUGCUGGACUCAAAUGUACUCUCCAAGUGCUGCAUGCAGGUUGCCUUACAGACAAUACUUCCUCUGCUGAGACAGUUGACAAUCUUCCCAUUUGUUGAUUGGAGUCCCUUUUUUGAAAAUGUUUUUUUUUUUUUUUUUUUCACAAAA